CGUAGUGUGGUGGUUGCUUCUGGGUUUCUUUGUGUGCUGCUGUCCUCAACUGUUUUCAAGUUCCGCAGCAAGCAUCAGGGGGCAGGCAUGGAGGAGGAUCGAAUGAUCGAAAAAAAGAGGCAGCGACUUCGGAGCGGAAUUGCGCCACUUCAGUCUUUUAGUUGAUAGAAGUUAUCGAAGGGGAUAAGACGGCGUUUUUAUGAUAAUUUUUCGUGCGGUUCUCUGUCGCGGUCUGAGUUUUUGUGUAGGUAUUAUGAGGGCCCGUCGUUGAUCGGUUCGCUGUAUCGAAGCAUUCGGAAGUGGGUGGUAGAUGAUCUUCAUGAAGGAGGGGUGGUGUAUCAUCACGAUAAGCUUGUAGUGUGCUGAUUUUUUCCCGAUUAUGGCUAGUUGAUUGCUACUUGUUGACAGAUAACGAAAAAUAGUGUAGAUCAAAACAGAAUAUCUGAAGCUGAACGAGGAAGCUGCUAAUGAAGUGAUUAUUUUAUGCCUAAUGAAUUAUUUAUCUGUAUGGUGAGAUAUUGCAAUUUUGAUAAUCAAAGAAGUAAUCACUCGAGAUUACCGACUACUGGUAGCUAGUGUGCAGUGAAUAUUGGCGUGUUCGUCGAUUGGUUAACAUACGCCAUUUUUGCUGUGACAGGAUUGGAGUGGUCGUGUGUGGGCGGAAGCUUUCAGAGAUCUGUAUUUAUGUGAUCGUAAUUACGAAGAAAAGCAAAAUGUGUCCGCGUAAUAAUUGAGUACCUGAAUCGAUCCGGAUUUCGAAGUGAACUCAAUGACAGAAGAAGAAAACUAAUUUGCGUUGGGAUUUGUGUUGAUGUUCAAUGCAAACAGAGAGAGAGAAGCGGUAAAGUUGUUCUGUUGUGGUCGCCAUCAAAACUAAAACUGCGUCAGCAUUCAAUUCAAUUAAUCUAGACUGUGAUAUAUGCCAUGGAUCUUUAUACUUCUUCAGAGACCUCAUAGAAUCGAUCCACACUUUCAACAGUUCGUCGCCACAUUCCACCGUGUUCAUUACGAGUCAUUAAUCGCAACUCCCCUACAGCACUAAGUGAGGUGCACCACCAGUUUUAGCUGGUUACCAGCAGAUCAUGUUUCACUCGACUGCAGCGGCCGCGUACUCCGACAUGACAGCAGCUGCGGUGGCAACGGGGAACUCCGGCUCGUAUCACCAAACGGCCUCGGCAGCUGCAGCAGCAGCGGCAGCCGCCGCCAACGCCCCAGUUUACGUUCCGUCCAAUCGGGCUCUGGGCCACUCACAGUACGGACAUGCGACGAACUUUCCGGCACAGAAUGGGUGGCCCACGGAUGGAUUCGGCACGACCCAUACCCAGCUGCCGCCUCAGUUCUACGCGCAAAACGUGAUGAUGAGCUCCUGGCGCGCUUACGAUCCGACCGGAUUCCAACGGACGUCACCAUAUGACAGUGCAAUGGACUUCCAGUUCGGCGAGGGACGGGAAUGUGUCAAUUGUGGGGCCAUCUCAACACCACUCUGGCGUCGCGACGGCACCGGCCACUAUCUUUGCAAUGCAUGCGGGCUCUAUCAUAAGAUGAACGGUAUGAAUCGUCCCUUGAUAAAGCCAAGCAAGAGAUUGGUGAGUACGGCGACUCGUAGACUGGGCCUUUGCUGUACUAACUGCGGUACGCGAACGACGACGCUGUGGCGGCGAAACAACGACGGCGAACCGGUAUGCAACGCGUGUGGACUGUAUUUCAAACUGCAUGGCGUUAAUCGUCCGUUGGCGAUGCGUAAAGAUGGCAUACAAACUCGAAAGCGGAAACCAAAGAAAGCAGGAUCCGGUGGAGCGACGGAUGUUAUGGCUCUGGUUAGCGGCAAAAAGGACGACAUGAACGAUGGAUCUCUCUUACAAACUGACCGCAAUGGUAACUCCAAGAACCUGUCAGUCAGCCCUAAAACUCCAAGUUUAACGUCGCCGCCGUUGAGAUCUCUUCAUAUCUCCCCUCAUCACCACCACCAUCAUCAGUCGUACAACCUGCCGUCUUCUCUAACCUCAUCACACCACGCAUCGUCGCUGAACUUGGGUGGCAAAUAUGAUCUCUCCUCGCUGUCCACGGCAGGAUCGCUGGGUAGCAUUGGCGCAGGUGGAGGCAAUGGCUCAGGAACGGCCUCCUCAUCCCACCAGCAGUCGCACAACACCUCUCACAUAUACAGCACCCCUACAUCCAAUCCGUCCCAUCAUGUAGCCGCCAACAACUACAUGCACAACACUGGCACCAGUUUAGGGUCAUCUCCAUUUGGUCAAAUCAAGUCGGAAUCCAACCCACUGGCUUCAUCAACCCCAACGUCGGUCGCGUCCAAUGGAUACGGUGACUACAUGAACAACUGCCUCCAAAGCGGAUACUUCGGGGGUACAUUUGGUUCGCUGCAUUCUCACCACAGUCCACACUCGACCGGCAUGGGCGGAACGGUUAACGGGGCCCUUCCGCACACCCAUCACCACCACCACCAUCACAGUACGGCAGCGGAUCUCGCUGGGUACCAUCACCAGCACAAUGUCAUACAGGCGGCCAAGCUGAUGGCCUCAUCCUAAGCAACCCGCAGAAAGACGCUUCCGAAUCUCUAUAUCUAUACGAUUGUUCAUAGUACUUAAUCCAGUUAAGUUCCUCGCUUCUACAGCUUGCUUAUUUUUAGGAAAGUGUAGUAGUUCGUUUUGUAGAUAAUUAAUUCAACUCUAUUAGACAAAAAAGACUUAUGGAAGAUAAAAUUUAUCUCAGUAACUUUGUAUCUAAAAAUGACAAAUUGUAUAACGAUUUAUUGGCUUGUUAGGUGUAAUAAGGAUAGUUUUACCACGGCAAGAGUAGUAUUUCCUGAACCGAUCAUUAUGUGAGAUAAUCGUGAUAAUUAUUAUUCUUUCCCAUUGUCAUAUAAUACUUACGUACAAUUUCGCCAAUUGACAUGUAUUUAUUUCAGUUUCGUACUAUUAGCGCAUAAGAUCAGUAGGAAAGUCCAAAACCGAACAUCUAACAGUAUUGGUGAAUGAGUGAGUUCAGCUAACAGCAAGUAUUUGAUGUCUUCAAUUGGCAACAUCUAUAGCAAGCUUGAUAUUUAUUGAAAGUAUGAUAUAAAUACGUUCAUAGUAGUUUAAUCAUGAAUAUCCUAUUUAGUUUUAGCUUACCUGUAAGAAAAUAUGAAAAAAAAAACAAUUGUUUGAUGAAUUAAUAAAUCAAAAGGCUUGAAAUAAA